AUGUCAGUUGAGGACAAAGUAGUUGAUUUGAAACUUCAAGAUGAAGCUGAACAAAAGAUUACCCCAUGGGAAGUAGAAGGUGCCGUUGUUGAUGGAAAAUCACAAGGUAUAGAUUAUGAAAAAUUGAUCAAGCAAUUUGGAACCAAAGCCAUUACCCAAGAGACAUUGACUAGGUUUAAAGAGGUUACAGGACAAGAACCACAUCCAUUUUUGAAACGUGGUGUUUUCUUUUCCGAAAGGGAUUUACACAAGAUUUUGGACUUGUAUGAACAUGGUGAACCAUUUUUUUUGUAUACGGGAAGAGGACCAUCAUCCGAUUCUAUGCAUUUGGGACACAUGAUUCCGUUCAUUUUCACCAAAUGGUUGCAAGAUGUAUUUGAUGUACCAUUAGUGAUUGAGUUGACUGAUGAUGAGAAGUUUUUAUUCAAACCCAAGUUAACCAUUGACGAUGUGAAGAAAUUUGCUGUUGAGAACGCCAAAGAUAUCAUUGCCGUAGGAUUCAAUCCUGAAAACACAUUCAUCUUUUCCGACUUACAAUACAUGGGUGGUGCAUUUUAUGAAAACGUUGUUAGAACUUCACGUCAAAUUACAACUUCAACCGCAAAAGCAGUUUUCGGGUUCACUGAUACCGAUUGUAUUGGAAAGAUUCAUUUUGCCAGUAUUCAAAUUGCAACCGCAUUUCCUUCAUCGUUUCCUGAUGUUUUAGGAUUACCACCAAAGACCCCAUGUUUAAUUCCAUGUGCUAUUGAUCAAGAUCCAUACUUCAGAGUGUGCAGAGACGUUGCCGAUAAAUUAAAGUUUUCAAAACCUGCAUUGAUUCAUGCCAAAUUCUUCCCAGCAUUACAAGGAGCUUCAACCAAAAUGUCUGCUUCUGACACAACUACUUCGAUUUUUAUGGAUGAUACACCUAAACAAAUCCAAAAGAAGAUUAAUAAGUUUGCGUUUUCUGGAGGUCAAGCAUUAAUGGAAGAUCAUAGAAAAUACGGAGGUAAUGUUGAUGUUGAUGUUGCAUACCAAUACUUGUCAUUUUUUAGUUAUGAUGAUGAAAAAUUGGAAAAAUUGGCCGAGGGUUAUAGAAAAGGUGAAAUACUAUCGGGUGAAAUGAAGAAGGAAUGCAUCACAGUGUUGCAAGAAUUUGUAGGUGCUUAUCAAGAAAGAAGAAGUAAGGUUGAUGAUGAGGUUGUUGACAAGUUUAUGAAACCUCAUAAAUUGGUCUAUGGUCAACAAGAAAGAAAGGUUGCACCUAAACCAAGGCAAAAGAAGUAG